AUGCUUUGCCCGAGAGGUCACGCUACAACUUCCGAAGGAAGAAAGCUUGGCCUCUUCUCUAGACGUUACUGCGAUGUUUGUCACGAGAAGGUGUCUCGACGUGGCGGCUUCUACCAUGAGUGCACUGCUGGCUGCGACUUCCGCGUUUGUGGGAUCUGUAAGAAGGAGGCCGACAAGAGCAAUUACAUUGUGGAGCCCUGUACCUUCACUUUUCCUAGUGGGCUUGGUCCCUUUAGCAUUCAGAGAACUAGCUUAGAGGGCUCAGAUCUUUUCUGCGCCGAUGAGCGCCGUGGUGGGACGUGGAUUCUGCAAGAAACGUUUUUCCAACAUGGGCGAAGUCUCCAGCGAUGCUGGAAGGCCUUGCUCGACAACGGCGUCGCCAUAGAAUUGCCCAGAGGGCGUACUGGUAUUGCAGUUGACCUUUCGCCUGUAGCUCCGACCAAGCUGAGCUCCGAAGUGCGUAGGGCGAAUCGUAUUCCUGAUGUGCCCGGCGUCAUGAUAGCCUGGAUGUAUGCUCUACAGCUUGAGUGGCAUAUGAUUUUGGGUGAUUCAGACCGAGAAGAAGAUGGCACGGCAGCAGACUGGUCAUUCCUCACUGUUGGUGGCUUCGUUUUUCUUCAGGUGGAUGAGAAGUCACAGCUACAAGUGCUGUGCGCGAAUUCCGUCUCCUUUCAUCCCAGCGGUCCCAUGCAAUUUUCGGCGCCGCAGCCCUGGUGUGCUGAGUGGACCCGCAAGCUCGCUGAGGCUGGGCGAUUCAACAAGGUCACUGUCCAAAAGUGGGCCAGCGCUGGGGCCCGGUAUAUGUGCUGGAUCUGCCCCGAGGAGAAGAUGCUGAGACCCGGGGCCCGACAUGGUGGCUUCAUGUUCCUCUUCCACGAGUUGGAUGAGGAGGACACUGGCGGCAGAGAUCGAUUCUUUGAAAUUGUUGGGGCGCCCAUAGCAAGCGAAGCCCGAACCCUCGAGCUGCUUUCGCAGAUUCCCAAGAGGUCGUCGCAGCCGGAGAUACUGCAGUCAGCUCUUCCAUUUCGGGUGGUUGGUGAGGUGCCAGCAUCCUCCCAGCACAUGGAAGACUUGCGACAACGCUGCUUCAAGGCAGCCUGCAACGGGCGCUGGUCUCUCCUGGCCCACAUCUUGACUGAGUCUGGGUUGCUGGUCCCUCCCAAAGCCCCUAGAGGUCAGACCGUGCUCCACAAGAUUGCAGCUGGACGGCCCAAAACACGGCGAGCAGCAGAACUCCUGCGUUUCAUCCACGCGCAUGGUGGAGAUCUGGAAGCACAGGACAGUUCUGGACAGAAAGCGUACAACUUGGGCGACCAGAUUUUCCGCGCCCAAGCCUGCGAAAUUUGGGGUCUAGUUCCUGACCUCUUUGCUGAUCCAGAGGUAUGGUUUGACUAUUGGGAUGGAAGCAAAGAUGGACAUCUGUCUCCGGCAGAGCUAGUGCCUGCGCUUGCAGCUGCAUACCAAGUUGGAGAGCUUGGUAGACAGUGGAUAGAGAGCUAUGUGAACACCCACUAUCGUGAGAUGGCUGCUCUUGACCCUGACGCACGACUGACCAAGUCCGCCUUCCUCAGCGACGAUGGCCUGCUGUACAAGCUGCAGUCCAGCGAAGAAUUCAUCAGCUUGCGCGGGCAAGAAGACAGCCCUGGCAAAAAGAUGCCUGCGCUGUUCAGGACCGAGGGACGCAAGAAGCCCACUGCAGCCGACAAAGAAGCUGUGAAGAAGUUCAGCAAAGCCUUGGAGGACUUGCGAACUCAGAACGGGUGGAACAGGCCUGGGCAUGCAGCACCCUCUCAUGCAAGGUUGCUGCAGGUGUCCGGACCUUUCCCUGGGGGAGACGCCGACCCUGAAGCCCGCAUGAAGGCAGCGAGGCAGAUGCUAGCUUGGUCCUUCGCAAAAACGACAGCUCGAAGUGGGAAGGAGUGGGUUCAGGGCUUCAAGAUACAGUUCACCGGGGAUGAUGUCGGCAUCGACCAUGGUGGACUUACGAAACGGUGGGUACAAGAAGUUGGUCAUGCACUGUGGGGAAGCGAGGAGUUCUUUGACACCAAAGCUUCUGGCAGCUUCUUCAAGCCGGAUAGCAUCACGGACAUGCGGGUCCAUGCCUUUCACGUGAAGGCCCAUUCUUUGUACAGAUGGCUGGGCCGCUUUCUGGCAUAUGCCUUGUAUCAAGGAUGCGUCUUGGACUGUGCCCUGAGUCCUUGGGCCCUUCGCUGGCUCAUCCGUGUGUCCGAGACGCACGCUGCCCUGCCCCCGGCCUUGGCGGCAGUGGCGGGGGACUGGCAGCGUGAGGGUGAGGAUGGCUGCAUCGCCACCAUCUCUGGAAGCGUCCUUCUCAGCCAUGCAGCGGAGGAUGGCCUGCCACCUCAGAUUGCUCUAAGCGUAUCAGGUGACUCCAUCCAAGCGGACUUUGAGGGCGAAGCCCUAUCUGCAAAACUCUCAGGAGGAAGGCUUCGCUGGAGUGAUGGUGAUGUCUGGGUCCGAUGCUUCGAUGCCCCGAUACCUCGCCAUGCUGCUCUGCCCGUCUGGGAUGAGACGCCAGCAGGAGACGACCAACUUCUUGAAGACCUUGCGACCAUGGACCCAGCUUUUGCCAACAGUCUUUGGAGAGUCAGGUACGAAAUGCCUGAUGAGGAUUUACAGUGGCUGACUUUCUCUUAUGCUGGCAAGGAGCUGGUCCCAGGAGGUGACGACAUAGAGGUGACUCCAGAAAACAAGGCAGACUAUGUUCGGCUGUGCUGCAAAGCUGCCUUGCUGUACUCUUCCCAAAAGGGAUUGCAGGCGUUUAGUGACGGCUUUUUCGACGUCCUUCCUCCAACUCUGUUCCAUGGGGCGCCUGCUGAUGUUUUUCAAUGGCUGCUACUGGGUGAUGCUCAAAUCACGGAUGCGCAAAUUGACAAGCUCGAGCAAGUUCUGGUGCCAGACGGGUUGGUGCCCAAGCACCUGAAAGAUUCCAGCGAGCUCCAAACAUCUGUGGCUUGGCUCUUUGAGAUCAUCCGGAAGGGCGACUCCAAGUUCAGGUCGCGGCUCUUCGAGUUUUGGACCGGAAGCGAGCGUCUUCCCCUUGGGGGCAUUGAAGCCAUCGAGCCGAAGCCCAGGCUACAGGUCAUGAUCUCGCAGGAGAAGCCACUUCUCAUGGCCAAUUUUCAGUGGGAGAUGCAGCUGCCAAGUGGCACGUGGUCAUCAUACAGCCCAGAGAUCAGCGGAAGCCUCAACAAUGCCCUUGAAGGCGGCUUGAGGAUGAUGGAGGUCCAACUUGGGCGCAAUAUGUACGUCAUAGACAUUGGCGCCAGGCUCCAGGUAAAUCGUCGGACCGGCGAGCGACGCCGAAUUCGGCGCAGAAAAAUUCAGUCACUCUGA